GAGGUGGCCGCCAUCUCGCUCCCCACGGCCGAGGCCACCGUGCUCCUGAACGCGAGCCGCGCGUGCUACGACCGCCCCGGCGACCCCGACGGGCGUGUCGUCAGCCUGAGGGAGCAACCCAUGGCGCUCAACGGCAGCGCGUUCCUCUUCUCGUCGAUGAAGAGCAAGUUCGUGUCCAUCGGCUGCCCCGGCCUCGCCUACUUCAACGACGGCGACGGGUACUACGUCACCGGGUGCAUGUCCGUCUGCCGCCCCUCCGAGCGAGCGCUGCCAGGGUCAUGCCGGGGCGACGACGGCUGCUGCCAGAGCAACAUCCCGCUCGGCCUCGACUCGUACCGCCCUUACCUCGGGAGCUUCGGCAGGCGACGCCGUGGCAACCGCGGCCGGGACCAGGAGGCGACGUUCCUGGCCAACUCCACCGCCUGCUCGUACGCGUUCAUGGUGGACGCGUGGUGGUUCUGGUUCGCCGGAUCACACUUCAACCGCACCGGCGACUUCGCCGUGCCCGUCGUCCUGGACUGGGCCAUCCGGGACGCCCCGAGCUGCGCCGCCGCACGGCGAGACCCUGGCACGUACGCGUGCCGGAGCGCGCGGAGCGUCUGCCUCGAGUCCAGCAAUGGUCCCGGCUACGUCUGCAACUGCACCAACGGGUACCAGGGCAACCCCUACGUGAUCAACGGCUGCGCAGAUGUGGAUGAGUGCCAGCACAGGGACGAGUUCCCGUGCUACGGCCUCUGCGUUAACAUCCCGGGCAGCUUCAUCUGCACAUGUCCCAGUGGAUCCAGUGGAAACGCCACUAUCCAGGGUGGCUGCCGCCCAGACAACAAAUUCAGUUCAGCACUCAAGGCCGCCAUAGGUGCAAGCGCCGGAGUGUUCCUUCUGCUGCUGGCCUGCUUCUCGGCGCACUUGUGGCUUCAGAAGAGGCGGCUACUCCAAGCAAAGCGGCGAUUUUUCGAGCAGAACGGCGGCCUCCUCCUGCAGCAGCAGCUGGGCUCGCUGGCCGGCGCCGGCGUCGCGUUCAAGAUCUUCUCCGAGGAGGAGAUCGGCAGGGCCACCGACGGCUUCGCCGAGACGCGGGUCCUCGGCAGCGGCGGCCACGGCGUCGUCUACAAGGGCGUCCUCGCCGACGGCUGCGAAGUGGCCGUCAAGAAGUCGAGGGUGGUCGACGCGAAGCAGGUGAAGGAGUUCGCCAGGGAGAUGCUGAUCCUCUCCCAGAUCAACCACCGCAACGUGGUGAAGCUGCUCGGCUGCUGCCUCGAGGUCGAGGUGCCCAUGCUGGUCUACGAGUACGUCCCCAACGGCAGCCUCCACAGCCACAUCCAUGGCGACGGCGGCGAGAGCAAGCUGCCACCGGGCGCGCGCCUCAGAGUCGCGGCCGAGUCUGCCGACGCGCUCGCGUACAUGCACUCGUCGGCGUCGCCGCCGAUCCUCCACCGCGACGUCAAGUCCGCCAACAUCCUCCUCGACGGCAACCUCGCGGCCAAGGUGUCCGACUUCGGCGCGUCGCGGCUGGCGCCGACCGGCGAGGCGGCGGUGGCCACGCUGGUCCAGGGGACGCUUGGGUACCUCGACCCAGAGUACCUCCUGACGAGCCAGCUCACGAGCAAGAGCGACGUGUACAGCUUGGCGGUGGUUGUGCUGGAGCUGCUCACCGGGAGGAAGGCGUUCGUCCCGGUGGAGGACGAGGACGAGGAGGAGGAAGGGGGCCUCGCCUUCGUCUUCAUCACCGCGGCGCAGGCGGGACGGCACCGGGAGAUCAUGGACCCACAGGUUAGGGAGGAGGUCGGCGUGGAGGUGCUGGACGAGGCUGCAGAGCUAGUCAUGCAGUGCCUGAGCAUGGUCGGCGAGGAGAGGCCGACAAUGAAGGAGGUCGCCGACAAACUCCAUCGACUCAGAAACCGCGCGUCGUGCAGCAGAGGCAGUGCGGAAAACUAAUUGAUUUCGUUAGAUUAAUCAGUCAUGUUUCCGUUAUACCAUACGAACGCUAAUUAUUCAUCACGGCUUCUUGCAUCUCAAUUACAACAUAGUGAGAAGGAAAAAUGAUACAGUAGCUAGGGUGCACCAUCCCUCUGAACGUGGCUUUUAGAAGGUCACUGAGAGGGAAUAAUUUAGACCUAUGGGUGGAGCUGGUGGGAAAAGUAGCAACCUAUAAUCUAAAGGAACAAAAAGAUAUUUUUGUUUGGCAAUUAUGUAAAAAUAAGCUGUUCACAGUAAAAUCUAUGUAUUCAGACUUCGUGAGACAGGAAGG